CUCACCAAAACACAGCCGUCAUACUGGAAAAACCUCCGUUGAAUUUGCCACCAAACCCUCAAACGGGAACUCCGUCUUUCAUAAUCAUGAAUACAAAACCUGGAUCUCUUCCAAUGAAGACCAUCCCAAUUUUUCCGCCUGGUCAUGGUCUUCAGAUACCUGCUCACGCAGAAGUGAAAUCCCUUCCUGCUUCUUCCCUGCCUUUCUCUAUUCAGCAGAGGAUUCUACCCCCGAACACAAGUAAUGAUACUAACAAGAUCCCUUCUGUUAUAUACGUGUCUCCUGUGAAUACCAUGAAGACACCCACAAUAACACCCACACCACAGUCUCCUCUGUUAUCUCCAGUAUUGGUUCCAGCCGUGCAGUCUGGUACAGCAACCCCUUCUAAAGGACCAUUGAAGUGGGUCGUGCAGGAAAACACAGAAUCCGUUGUUCCAGUAAAGACAAAUACUGACACAGCAUCAAAGAUUCUAACAUUUAUGUCCGGAGCGAAGAUCGAGGAACAGAAUUUGCUCAGUCCCAAUGUCGCAAAAAUAAAAGACAGCGCUCUUGUGAUGUGCAAUAAUAAAAUUUAUUUUUUGUCAAAAAGCACAGGUGAGCUUAAGAGCGCAGUCAAUGUCAAACAGGAAACUUCUGAAAAAAAUCCGUUCAAUACGGAAAAAGGAAAAGAUCUCGCCAAUAAAUUGGUUGAAGUGGUUUUGUCAAAAAAUAAUUUGCCCACUCUAACCACCAAACAAACAGUGAACUCUGGCAGCUCCCCGCUUGUUCAUCCGGAUGCCGCCAGUCCUGCAAAAAACAAAAUAUGCACACCCACUCAAGUCAGUAAAAAAGAGCCCGAGGUGAUUUAUAUAGAUGAUGAUGAUGACGAUGAGGACAUUGCUGCCAACAUCCAGAAACCUCAAUCAAAGGAAACCACUUCCACCAAAGUAUACACCCCUUCGGCAUCACAGGGUUAUGGUUUACAGAGUUCAGAUAAUCAGGUCAAGGAAGCAGAGAUGGGGAAGACAAAGGUCUCUGUGUCCCACGUCAUUGAUGACAAUACUCUGAGGACCAAAUUUGGCCUUUUCAAAAAAGAGAAGAUCGUUCUUAACAGACUUCCUCUACUCCGCCCUGAGAGCAGAUCCACAAGUCAGAACAAAGACCUGAUGGCAUAUACUGAAACUCCGGAGAGAAGAAAGUUACCAUUUUCAGAGACAUCCAGCAUUUCAAAGCGCAGGAAAAGUGCAGACGCAUAUGACUUCAGUAUGACUUCUGACACAGCUGGAAAUAACUGUAGGUCAUUUUCUACAACAGCUACACCUGUCCCUGCCGGCUCCUCAGACGUAACGCACACAAUGUCCAGAGAAGGGACAUACUCUUCCCUGGCAUUGACUGAAACAAAGACGGCCUACGGGAAUCUGAGCACGUCACACCUUGCCCAGGACAGUGCUCCAGAAAUGUAUACAGACCCCUCAGACAGCCAUUCCUUCUAUGUCAGUCAGGACAUCACUGGACAUUUCAGUGAAGCUCCUCCGCCGAGACAGAGGUUUCACUUUGAGUCUGUGUAUCCUGAUGAAACAACCAAGGAUGAAAAAAUCCAACGUCUGAAGGAGGUAUUGAAGGAGCGGGAGCAGGCUCUGGAGGCUUUAAGAAGACAGAAGUGGUCAUAA